AUGGCGGACAAUUACAGUGAUUCCAAUACAUCCAACUCAGAUGAAUCUGCAGAUGAGGGCCCAAGUAAUCCGAUUGCGGAAGCCAAAAGACUGGGGGCCAAUCUUUGUACUCCCGAAAACGCCAAAAUAGCAAGAGAAAGAAAGCUGCAGACUAAUCCAGCCGGUAAGAGCCGCUCAACCCGUGGGCAAAGUGACCCAAAGUUAAGCUCGUGGCAACGAGUCCAGGAACAUAAAAACGAGUACUUUACCUCAGUUGAUGGCAAGUUAAGAUGUGAUGCUUGCAAGGAAACAAUAAGCAAGAAGAAAAGCACCGUCAAAAACACAUCAGUUCGUUAA